AUGGUGGUGAGACUGCGCUUGGCUCGUUGGGGCCGCAAGGACUUGCCCUUCUACCGCAUCGUGGCGGCCGACGCACGUGCCCCGCGUGAUGGCAAACACCUUGAGAUUCUCGGCACGUAUAACCCACUGGCUGCUAGCGAUGGCGUCAAGGAGCUGCGCGUGAACAACCAGCGCGUGCGCUAUUGGAUGUCAGUGGGUGCGCAGCCGUCCGACCGUGUCGCGCAUCUGCUGGGGCUCGCCAAUGUCCUGCCCAUGCCUCCUACCCGUCAGUACACGAAGAAGCACCUUCCCAAGAAAGACCGCGAGACCAAGUAG